GGAAGAUUAACGGCGCUGUGAUGCCUCUGUCAGCUAGUUAGCUGUUAGCGUUGGUGAACAGGAAGGGACGGGAACGCUUAUGUCGGUGUACAUUCAUACUUAGGUUUAAAAAUACUGUUGCUUGGUUUUACAUCUAAACUGACUCUGGUUUGGCUAGUAGGAUAACCACCAGUCCGUGCCAUUCUCCUAUAUUUGUGCCUAUUUCUCGCAUAGCGAAACGAGUGUUGCUGCCGUAUAAAAUGUGGAGGGACCACUGUAACCGCCACUGUUCUUGGUAGAACAGCUUUCGUUGCUGCCUGGAGGAUCUAAUCGGGUAGUCAGCCUUACUUGGAUGGGAAAAUGCCAGCUGUGGUUCGGGAGAAAGAGGACUCCGAGUCUUCCUCGGAGGACGAGCAAGGUAGAGACCAUCCUUGCAUCACAUGGAGUGGCCUUAGCAAGUCAAUCCCAGUUCUCCUAUUUCUACCUGAGGCUAUUGUUUCAAAAGACAGGAAUAUCUGCUCCGUUGGAGAGAGAUAUAAUAUGGCCUUCAAGAUUGUGCGCACAGAGAGCCGUCUAGUACGAAGAAUACUCUCCAGUCAUGGGUUUCAUGAGGUUCACCCAAACAGUAAUGACUUCAACCUAAUGUGGACAGGAUCCCACCUCAAGCCUUACAUACUACGCAGCCUUCAAGAGUUCCAGAAGGUCAACCACUUUCCCAGGUCAUAUGAAUUAACUCGCAAAGACCGUCUCUAUAAAAACAUCCAGCGGAUGCAGCAGACUUAUGGCUUUAAAAACUUCCACAUAAUUCCUCAGACCUUUGUGCUUCCCUCUGAGAGCCAGGAAUUUCGCAAUUGUUUUGCUAAGGACAAGGGGCCAUGGAUAAUUAAACCAGUUGCAUCUUCAAGAGGACGGGGAAUCUAUUUGGUCAGCAAUCCAAGUCAGAUUUCAAUGGAUGAAAACAUCUUGGUGUCUCGCUACAUUAAUAACCCUCUAUUAAUUGAUGAGUUCAAGUUUGACGUCCGUUUGUAUGUCGUGGUGACAUCCUACGACCCGCUACUCAUCUAUGUCUAUGAAGAGGGUCUGGCUAGAUUUGCUACAGUUAAGUACGAUCAGACCUCAACAAACAUCAAGAACACUUUCAUGCAUCUCACCAACUACAGUUUGAACAAAAAGAGCAGUGAUUAUGUCAGCUGCGAUGACCCUGAAGUUGAGGAUUAUGGGAACAAAUGGAGUAUGAGUGCAGUGUUGAGGUAUUUGAAGCAGGAGGGAAAGGACACCACAUUGUUGAUGAGACAAGUGGAGGACCUCAUCAUCAAAGCUGUGCUUAGUGCUGAGCUGCAGAUAGCCACUGCAUGCAAGAUGUUUGUUCCACAUAAGGCAAACUGCUUUGAGCUGUACGGGUUUGAUGUCCUUAUUGAUUCCAAUCUUAAACCCUGGUUGUUAGAGGUGAACCUUUCUCCUUCUCUGUCCUGUGAUGCACCCUUGGAUCUAAAAAUAAAGGCUAGCAUGAUUGCAGACAUGUUUUCACUUGUGGGCCUUGUGGGUCAAGACCCCCUGUCGAGACAGUCUCUUUCAGAUCGAUUCAUGGUGGACAAGCAGGCAGCAGCCCCAAGAGUACAGCAGAGGCCCAUAUCAAGCGUUAGUUCAGAAACAAAUGGAUUUAACGACAAGCAAAGAGCUAAAAACAGCCAAGAAGACACCACUCUGAACCUGACUGCUGAGGAGAUCAAAGUUCUGAGAAGGAUAAAGGAGGAGUAUGAGAGAAGAGGGGGUUUCAUAAGGAUCUUCCCCACCCAGGAUACAUGGGAGCUUUAUGGUGGAUAUCUGGAGUCCAAGACAUCACUGAACUCCAUGUUGGCAAACAGACUUUUCCAUGGAAGGACUGUGAAUGGGAACGCGCAGCUGCUGAUGGACACAGUCCAUGUCCAUCACGUUGUUCAGUAUGAGAGGAAGCUUCUGUCUCUGGAAGCACAAAAUAGAAGACAGCGCCACCCGAAUCCCCACUCUGCUGCAAGAAAAAAAAAACUGGGGAAGGAAUCCAAGGCCUUCCUGACUGAAAACAGAAGUCAGGAGGAUGAGGAGUGUGCUCAGGAGGAAAACGAGCAGAUGAAACAACCUCUUCAGACAGUCUUGCACAAGACUUUGGUAACAGAGCAAAGUAAACAAGUGGCCACGCCAAUGGAGCACCGCCACAACAAAACUGGGUCCAACUCAGACAGAGCCAUGCACAAUGCCAGGCCCACAGUCAACCUACUCAACAUCCUUCAGCAGGGGUGGGACCUCAGCAAAGUGCAGGCUCGGAUUGCUUUUUCCUCUUACCUGCAGCGAGUCCAACAAAGGCUGUUUGCCGAGAGCAGAGCCAGCACCAUCCCAGCCUGGCAAGACAAUGACAACGAUCAAAUGGAGCUUGUGAUUCGAUUCCUGAGAAGAGCAGCCAGUAACCUUCAGCAAGAUAUAAAGGUUGUGUUGCCCAAUCACCAGUUACCACUCCGAGAUCGCAGACGCAUCCUGUCACACCAGUUAGGAGAGUUUAUCCACUGCUACAAUAAGGAAACUGAGUAUAUGAUGACAAAGCAGGAAAGAAGCGAAGAGGAGCGUUGUGUUUACCAGACUGUAUUUCAAGAGUACAUUGCGGUUGCAAGUGAAAACGAUCUGGAGCAAUUGCUGACAUUUUAUACACAGAAAAAUAAAUCAGCCAAAGUCUUCUUAGGAUCUAAAGUCAAGACAGAUCUUCAGGAUUCAGGCAGCAAGGCAAACCCUAAAACUUUGCCUGUGACCAAGGAUGACUCCAGGGCUUCAGAGUCCUCCAUCUCUGCAGGGAAAGUCUGCAGUGACCCAAACACCAAGCCCACCAGCACUCGGACGUCUGUGCUGUUUUCAGACCAACAGGCAGAGGUUACAGCCUUUAAAGCUCAACCAGAUGUCCAGUCGUCUCAGCAUUGCUCCAGUUUUCCUCUAACUUUAGACUCUCCAUACAUUCAUCUGCAGCACUGCUCUCCUGCUCCAACAUCCAUUCCUCUUCACUGCCCCCCACCGCCACCCCCUCCACAGCCUCCGUCUUACGCACAGUCCUUGGCGAAGUCUCACUUUUGCCAUUCGGAAACUCUUUCCGACCCUCCUGCAUACACCUCUGCCCCCGUCAUCACUCAGCCUCCAAAUGUGAUUUGGACAACCACAUCCACCUCUUCCAACACAGCUUCUGCUGGGCCACCAAGCCAGGCUCUGAGAAGGAUUCAGUCUUUAACUACAUCCACAUCCAACUGCAAAACUACAUUUGCAAUACCAAGUGCCAUGCACAUCUAUAGCCAGAAGCUUCCUAGACCUACCUCAGCAGGCCAGGAGAUCCAGAGGAGCAGUUCCAGUAAGCUCAAGUCUAACUCAGUGGGAACUUUCAGGGAGUUACAAUCUUUGUCUGCCCAGGCCCAGUCAAACCAACAAGCGUUCGUCUCAGCCCUGCAGAAACUGGCCGACAAGCAGGUUGCUCGUCACUAUGCCAGCUCCAGUCACAUCAACUUGCUGACUCAACAUUUGACCAACCUGAACCUGGCCAACAGGAUGAAGGGCAGAGAGAGUUACACACUGAACCCAAAAGUUCCUGCAACCCAAAAGCCUGUGAGAGCUGUGUACCCUAUGAAACACCAUCUAACCAGUACAAGACCAUCGAAGAACGAGGAGGAUUUUUGGGACACGCAGAUGCAGACAGCCCCCAGUGUGGUGACGGGCUUGAACUCUACGCAGAGCUGGCAGCCAACUAAAGAAAGCUACCAGCUGCACUUUGCUAUCCAGCAGCUGCAACAGCAGAGAUUAAAGUCUCGUCAGGGUUUGGACCGGGACUUUUGUGGACAACAGACCCAGUUUCAGGACCAGACAGGCACCCCGAACACCCAGGUAUCCACGAAAUCCUCGAGCUUUCCACCGUCCAGCUUACAUGUUCGGCCCAGCUACAGACAGACCUGUGCUAGUCCUGGUUAUGUCCCAAAGCCACCCAGCAGCGCACGAGAAGGAGACGUCAGGAAAACGGCAACAAAGCGGCUUAUCAAGCAGAUGUCCUCGGAGAGUUCAGCCAGUGGUUCCGUGUCAAGCGGCCAGCAGGUGGUCUACGAGGCCAUUUGUGGUAAAACAGGCUUGUCACAGUCGUGACCCGCCAUGAAGAGACUGUUGCCUAGACGAAUAUGGGAACUGUGCAGGCUAGGUGGACCCAAUGCUGCCAACCUUCUCUGCACUGCUUUAAAUAAUACAAGCUGUAGGCGAAGUCCUGUGAUUUGUGUUUCAUCGGCACUCUGCGACGCCUCCUAUGUGUCUCAGCGCUGACAGUUUCCCUAUCAAUGAUGUCCUGUGCUGCAGUGUUCCCAAGGGAUUUUGCUGUAGGACCUUCCUAAGAUCUCAGCAACUUGACAUGACUAAUCUGAACAUGGCUUGUUUGAAGCCAGUUUGGGAUUAACAUGUAACUGUUGUCCACUGCAAAUUACCAUGGUCCUUAUUGUAAAUAACCAUGUGUCAUUAGAUGUCCAACUGUCUUCUAGCAUUUUUAGCAAAGAUCAAUGAAAAGGCAGUUUUAUUCAUAAAAUGUACAAAUUUUUGAUCUUGCGCAGAAACAAACUAAAUCUCUUCAAUUAGUUUUAAUGAGAUUUCUAUCAAUCCAACUACCGUUGGUAAACGUUUUUUAGCUACAUGCAACUUAACAGCGACGCAUCUAAAACUUCUGUCUUCAUUUUGCUGGAUCUCAGUUCUGCUUUUGACUCAGCUGAUUUGAUUCCUAAUUGAUGGACCAGAAGAGUGAGCAGCAUUCUCUAGAACUGUAUCAUUUGGUUCAGUUUAACUGACUCCCCCCAUCCGGUGUGCUGAUGACAUACAGCUUUAUAUUUCUGUGUCUCCGAAGUCUCUUCCAGUCUUUCCACAAUAUCAGUGAGUUGAAGCAGAAGAAUUUCUUCCAGGUUGUUGUACAGUCAUUGUUUUUGGUCCCAAAAGGUCAAUGUUGGAAGUCAGUAUUUAAGUAUUUAUUGAGGUUAAAAACCACAGAGCAUCCAAUUAACCUAGUUUAGUGUAGUUAUGGACUCAGAGCUAAAUGUUAACAGCUCCACAAAGUAUAUAACCUAAGCAGCAGCUACCAUCUUAAGAAAAUCACCAGAAUGAAGGAUUUUAUUGAUGUCUUAGCUAGUAGCUUUUAUUUUAAUUUGCAUUUUAAUGUUACUUUAUAUGUGAUCCUUAUUUUUUUAUGUAAUUCUUUUAAUGUAUUUCUUUAAUGUAUGUUUGCCUUUGUUUCUUCAUUUUCUUUGAAUUACCUUGUGUGUAAUUACAAAUAAACCCUGCUUGCCUGGA